AUGCCAGCUCCUAUCUCACCCGGCGGCAUAGGUAUCGCCGCUGCAUGCUUGUCCAUCAAUGUAGUGAUCUCCCUCUACAUGAAAUUGGAUAUUCAUUGGCGAGUCGUAGUAGGCGCCAUCAGAUGUGUGUGUCAAUUGCUCAUACUAGGGUUACUCUUCGCCACAGUAUUCUCGAGUGACCAGGUUUGGCCCGUGAUCUUGAUGACUGUGUUCAUGCUCAGUGUUGCCUCUUUUGAAGCGUAUCAGAGGCCUAAGCACACAUACCCCGGGUUCAUGCGCACUAUAGGCUUGGCAAUGACUGUGAGCUGCUUCCCGAUGGCUCUCAUUAUGACCAACUUCGUGUUGUCUCUGGGCAGUAUGUGGUGGCACCCUCGUUAUUACCUCCCCAUGUUGGGUAUGAUGACCAACAAUGGUUUAAGUGCGAUAUCGCUCGCAGCUGAUAGGCUACUAACUCAGCUUGUGGACAAAAGGGCUGCAAUUGAGGCAGAGUUGUUGACGUCGAGUCACCCUAGACAGGUUAUACUACCGAUUCACAGAGAGGCAGUUCGGGUGGGUAUGAUGCCGACUCUCAACACAUUAGCCGUAGUCGGUCUCGUUGCGAUUCCCGGCAUGAUGGCAGGACAGUUAUUGGGCGGCGCAGAUCCACUGACAGCAGCGAAGUACCAGAUAGUGGUCACUAUCAUGAUCGCCUCUACGAGUUCUCUUGCGAGCUUUGUUGUCACUCGGUUGAUGCUGAAAGAUUUGGUCAACAAAGACGGCACUUUGCGCUUCGAUGAUCUUCACUUCAGAGGCUCUUCGGGGGCUGACUUUGUGACUAAGGUGGUAUGCUUGUCGGUGGCUAAGCUCGGAGAAGUAUUAAAGCUGGUUUUCUGCUGCGGUUGUGUGAGAAAGGCUCGUAGGGACGACGCUCCCUCGAGGACCCCUGAGCAUACCAAAGGCCUUCUCGCACAAGCCUGA